AUGCAUUCCGAUAGUGUUUAUCAGCUCGUUCACGAGCUCGUUGAAUCUAUCGGUUUGCAGCAUCACUCAGAAGAGGCGGUGAAAGUGGCAAAAAAGUGUAAAUGUCGUGCAUUUGGAAUCUUGCUCGGCAAACAAGAGUGCACAGCAACUGCAACGCAAUCUGCACCGACGCCGGAUAACGAUGCUUCCGAUCCACUGUCCAUGCUGGAAUGUUACCUCUUUGAACAGCAAAUUACUUCACGCUAUCAAUACCAAAUGUUGCGGAACGAGCGUUUCGAGAUACUGUUAGAUCAAAUUCGAAACUUCCCGGACAAAAACGUGAAGCUGGCCCAAGCGGAUCGAGUUUUGUUGCAGUUUUUACUAUCAUUGAAAAAUUCCGUAGCCGAUUGCGCUGACAUCCAUACUGAAACACCAUUUUUUGGUCACAGUAAGAUGCCUGCAGCGCGUUACGGACCAUACCCGCUCUUCCAUGAUGAGGACUUCCACAUUGAUGAUCGUUUGUUAGCUGCUUGCUACGAUGAUAAAACAAACCCAUAUCUCUUCCGUCCCACUUACAACGUGUUUACCAGCAACCUUGCCAAAAUGAUUGCCGAUGAAGCGACGCGCAAAGAUCCUCUUUCGGUGGAGUGUUCCUACUUUAGUGACAAAAUGGCCAAAAUGGAAGAAUAUCAAGGCCCGUUUCGUUACAACCUUCUUAGAGCGAUUCGGCAAUCUGUCAGCAACACAAACAAAACGUUAGAUACGAGGUUUGACAUCUUACAAUACAACAAACAAGAGCCUAAGAUUGAAAAGAGAAUAUCAUUGAUAUUCGGCAUGAACUGGGAAAAUCUCGGGGAACAUUAUGUACCUGAAGAGAAAUCGUUUACUACCGAAUGUCCUGGAGCAAUGUUCCGUUUUCUGGCUGCACAGGCGAGCAGUAUGGAAUUGGAACUAACGGAGAUGAAAAUUGUCUCCCGAACUGAUUUUUUGCGUGAUAUCAAAUAUCUUUUAACCGGUGUCAGUUCCAUAUUGUUUCAAUUCGACGGAGCUAACCGUUUUCAAUCAAUUACAAACAUUACUAUCGAGGACGUUAGAAUAGAGUCGAUUCGAUCGUUAAUAGAACAAUCGUUAGAAAUCGGCACGUGCUUCCGGCGACUGCACAUGAUGACGCGCAAGAAUCCCUAUACACUUGAGAUGAUAUGCGAAGGAUUCGUUUUUAAGGCGUUUUGUGAUAGUGUGGAAAAUUUCCUGUGCGGUUACCGUGUUAUCGUUAACAGCUAUACCGGACAAUCUUUGCUGCAACUGCUUCAAAUGCUCUCACCGGUAAACGAUCAGCUACUGUCGUUGGCUAAAUUGUGCGGUCUGCACCCGAACUACGAAAGUGACCAAGAAUUCCCCACCGGCUCGUUACUACUCAAUCAUUUGUAUCGUGAAUUGAUUGAGAUAACGCGCCCAGCAGUAAGCGUCUUCCUGCUGUGCAUUCUGCGGCGAUGUUGUCUUGAGUACUUUGCAAUCUUUCAGCGGUGGCUUUUUGGUGGGCAAUUACACGAUCCUUCCGAUGAGCUUUUCGUCUAUUUUGUAGAUCAUUAUAGAUCAAACACGAAACACUUCUUCGAUAAAGCUUAUUUAAUUCGGCGUCAUAGUGUUCCCAGUUUUCUAAAAGGCUACGAGGAGGAUAUUCUGCUCUGUGGAAAGUAUGUGAUGCUGCUUAAAGCGUUUCGCCCAUUGCAUCCAAUAUUCACCCUGCGACAGCCAGAACUAAACGUGUGUUUGUCAUUUGACGAAAUAGCUCAGCUACAAUCGCGGUGGCUACAAUACGCCAGCAAGGCGCGUCAGCUCUGCGGUCCAGCCGUUUCUGUUCGAGAGCUGUACGAAACAAAGCAGCGAGAGCGAAACGAGUUCUACCGCUUAGUGGAAGCCAACUUCCGCACGUACAUGGACCAGUGGCGCGUGGAGCAGGAAACGGAAGCGUUGGAGCAGAGGCGUCGAAAGCAAAAGCAAAUGGAAGAUUUAUUGGGACACUUGAACGAGAUACGUGAAAAAAAGUUAAUUGCCAAACGCCAGGAGAUGCAGGAAGAAUUACAACUGGAACAAGUCAGGCUCGAGAUGGAAAAUAGACAGCUGCUAAGAGAAAAUCUUGAGUUGAGCCAUCGCAUCAAAAAAUAUUCGGACUUAAACUCCAUAAUGGACGCCAAGCUAGAUGGAUUGCCAGUGAGCUCGACCGAAUUAAGUAUUGUACCCGUGGUAACUAUCACCACCGACUGCGCAACCGAUGGAGCGAGUGACGAUGGUCCUUUCGAGAGCUGUCGUGAGAGUCGAGCUAGCACGAUUAGCGUUUCUGUGUACGAAGACGCCCAAAAGUCUCCGUCAUUAAGUGUAGACUGUUCUCCGUAUGGAGGUGACAAUAGCGGCAGCUGUAGUUCCGGUACUAAGGGGGAUCUGUCCUCGUGCAGCGUGGAAGAACUCGACUGCACAAUCGUUGAAGGUCCAAUAAUUCCAACGGUUGAAACGCCACAGCUUCCACUCGACAGUGAUGAAGUAAAUUCGAAUGUACUGCAGGAUGUCGUAAUGAGCGAGGGUGAACGAAACCGUGCGAAGGUGUUGGGAUCUAGUGUGGGGGUGUAUCUAAAGGAAGACCACGCAAACGCCAAUGUGGAGCAACUAGUUGUAGCAACUGCGACUGCCGGAAUGCGUAAACUCACCGAGGCUCAGCGUAACAAGUUGAAAAUUCUUUCCCAAGAAUUUGAAAUAACUCCAACGGUAAAUCCCAACACAAUCGAUGAGAACUGUAACCGGCUCGAAGAACGGCGGAAGAACCGUGAAAGGAUACUGAUUAGUGACUAUACCACGCGUGAUGUUGAAGAAACAGGGUCCGUAGAGAGCGGACAGGCAGCACAAGAGCUGACGGAACUGCAAAAAAAUCGUCGUAGAAUUAUGAACCAAGAAUACAACAUACUCACUGAUGACCCUGACACGUUUGGAGCGACACGGCGUAACGUUAAACCCCAAAUGUAUUUGAACUUUGACUCGGAAAGAGCCAAAAAUCGUCGGCGAAUACUGGAUUCGGAGUUUAACAUCGCAACGGGUACGGAAAAUUUUCCAGUUUCUCCGAUGUCGGUGGAUAGUGACACCGUGGACGAUAUGAUGAGUCCUUUAACGCAGUCAGCCGGAACGCCAAAAAUCACGAUAAACGAUGAAAACGAUCUACAAAACGAUGUCAAUGCUAAUCCCGUUCCAAAGAAGGCAGAUGGUCUUCGGUUGAAUGUUCUGGCAGCAGCUGAAGCUGCGGAACGAUUAGCCAUCGAUCGACGCUUCGGAAUUCCGGAUACUGCUGCGUUGGAAACGGAAACACCGGCUAGCGCACGCAAAUCAGCAGCCAAAGAUGGACUAGAUGGGGCGUUCGAUUUUAUGCGAACAAACGUUUUUGAACGAAGCGAAGAUUCUGUUGCACACCCCAGCACAUCUUCUGGAUCAACGGUGGAAAAGUUCGAGCGAAACGAUGAACAAGAGGAUGAAAUUUAUCUAGAGUUUGUGCAAGCGUUGAAAAAACAAUCUGUCAACUUUUGCCGUCUCGCGAUUCCUUCGUCGGAUUGCAACGACACAGAGCUUUCGACAGUUGCACAGAAGCCACGACUAGAGCUCAAUAGUGUGGAUGUUCUCACGAUAACCCGAUUUUUGCAGUACUCUUUGGUGAUUCCACUCAAAACACACAUGGAGAUCGUGAAUAACGAAAUAUUAAAGAUGUAUCUGUACGAUCUGGACAUUCUCGGGCACUUCGAGAGCUUGCGGAAUUACUUUUUGUUCAUGGAUGGCGAGUUUUCCGCGCACAUCUGCGACAGCCUUUUCUAUCGGUUGGAAGCAGUUAGAACACCCGAAGAGCUAUUGAAUUAUCAAACGCUUCACUCGAUUCUGGAUGGUGCGCUGUACUCCAGCAAUGCUGGCGCCGAUCGGAACGCGGAUCGACUAUCAUUUAUCGUGUGCCAAAUGCCCGAAAAGUUUGACUUCUAUACACCGAAUGUGUUUAGCAUGCUAAAUUUAAGCUACCGCAUCGAGUGGCCCCUCAACUUGAUCCUCACGCCGGAGACAAUCGAUCAGUACACGAAUGUGUUUAAAUAUCUGGUGAAAGUGCGCCGGGUAAGCUACGUGUUGGAGGAUUCUUUCCAGUUGCUGAAGGAAGCAAGCAAGCAGCUUGGCAAGCCAUUGUUGCACUCUCCACAGUACGCUCGCGUUCAGCUUAUUCGGCAUAAACUGUCCCAUUUGGUGAACGCUCUUAAAAACUACAUUACGAGCAGCGUGCUGCACGCAUCCUGGGAGACAUUCCGCGAAGAGCUGCAAGAUGCGACCGAGACUAUGGAGGACCUUUACCGAAAACAUCGAGCUUAUGUGAAGCGUAUAGUCUUCCUGUGUCUUUUAAACAAGCGCAGCAUUGAGUUUUACAACAAUAUUGAGCAAAUUUUCCGCGUUGUGUUACGGUUCUAUCGACAUUUACGCUCGAAGGAUUGGCACUUGCAGGCUUCCACAGUUUCUGCGGCGGAUGCGACUCCAUGUGAAACGCAGUAUUACGUGCAUCCGCGGUACGAGCAGAUCCUAGCUGAUGAGCGUGAUUUCGAGAAGCUCAUCAAGUACACCAUAUAUCUUGGGAACAAGAUGUACGAUCAUGGCUAUCAAAAGGAAAUAUCUGAGUUCCUGCACGUGAUCAAUAUUAAUGGGUAUUAUGAUGAUUGAAGUUCAUGGACUAGCUAAAUAUUUUACUCAACAGAUAAAAUAGGCAAAACAAUAAUCUCAAAGGAUCCAUGACGCUCUGUCUAUUUUGUUUGUAUCCAUUUUUACAGUCAAUGGAAGGUGGUAUUUUAUCUGCAGCAAAAUAUGGAGAAUUAAAUGAAAUCAAGAGAAUUUACGAAAGGAUGUGUGUGUUGUCUUACUGAAACACAUAGAUUGUUAUCAAAAAAGGAUUCGG